GCCUAGCUAUUGUUUCAACACUUUGUUGCGUCAUCGGAGGAAAACUAAGACGUUCAACAGUAGAAGAAACACCACGACAACGAGUACUACUACACUUCCCAGUACUCAGUUAAUCAGGACUCGGAAUCGAUUCCUUCUCGUCACAGUUGCCCUUUGAUCCCCCCCCCCUGCCUGAGAAUCAGCACAGUGGCCUCUGUACGGUAGCACCACACAAGAGAAAAGCAGCAACGAUGAUGAAAUUCAAACGAAGAGCAAUCUCAAUAGUCGCCUUCGUGGUAUUGAAUGCAUGCCUACUACCUUCCUUCUAUAAAACAGUUGCUUUGUCGUGGACCCCGCCAACGAACGAUCUCGAUGUGUCUCCGAAGAGUCGCGGCCGAAUGGGCCGAAGGGAUUUUGCAUCUGCCGGUAUUUUUGGAUCUGUUGGCUUGGUGACUCCCUUCGUCUUGCCAUCGAACAUACCACCAGCAAAUGCCGCUCCUUUGAGCUUGGCCCAAAAGCUUUCCCUUCGAGAUCCAUCGGCUCUUACCAACUCGAUUUUCAAUAUUCCACCGUCGACCCAAUCCUAUCCACCAUUUAURAGAGGCGCUUGGAACGUUACUCUCCAAUACAGCGGAUACAUUUUCCCCUCACAAAAAAUCCCGCGAUCCCGGUUGACCACCAAUGCACAAGUUCCUGGCUUCCAAAAAUGCAGCAUUGCUGCCCUGUCCGAUGUCGGGAAGGAAGUCGUUSAUUUUGAAUUGAACAUCGACGAAUCGACGGGUCUGGAAGAUCGUAGCACGUCACUAACGACGUCCAUCAACGAUCACCUGGGAUAUUCGGCCGUGAAAGAAGUUCUCUACAAUCCCAAGACCAAUGCAAAUCGCCUCUCCGUAGUGUUUUACGAAUACAAAACCACCAACGCGGAACGAAUCGAAUUGUUCUGCAACGGCCGCGAAUCCGAGCUGAUUCCCGCGCCACCGCCACCACAAGAAGGCGGUGAAAACGCCAGGGGGCAGAUUUUUGUGUGCAGCGARUACGUCCGGCAGGUCACCUUUUCCGGUGGGUCCCAAGUGGGAAUCCCACGGCAGGUAGGGACAAAUUAUGCCCACUUCUGGACCUGGAAGGAAGUUCCCGGGUCGAACGACAGGGUCAUGACGGGGAACCUCCUGACGGCCGCCUACCUCGAUCCGCAAGACUCGAUGUUUUUCGAGGAACCCUCGAAACCCGUGGCGGUUUUCAGUCACUUGAUCAAGGCGGAAAAACUGUAAGACGCAAGCCCAUCGAUGAACCCAGCCGCAAAACAGAACUAAUUUCUGAACCAACGAGAGCGCCGCGUAGCCAAAUGGCCGCGGUGCGAUCCCAGUUUUGUUCACGGAAACGAUGAAAAUAGACUAGUAGACACACG